AUGCAAUGUGGAACAAGCAACUCAAACAGCAAGCAAUGUGGAAUCACCAACUCAAACAGCAGGAAUGUGGAACAAGCAACUCAAACUGGAGGCAAUGUGGAACAAGCAACUCAAACAGCAGGCAAUGUGGAAUCACCAACUCAAACAGCAGGCAAUGUGGAACAAGCAACUAAAACAGCAGGCAAUGUGGAAUCACCAACUCAAACAGCAGGCAAUGUGGAAUCAUCAACUCAAACAGAAGGCAAUGUGGAACAAGCAACUCAAAACGCAGGCAAUGUAGAAUCAUCAACUCAAACAGCAGGCAAUGUGGAACAAGCAACUCAAACAGCAGGCAAUGUGGAAUCACCAACUCAAACAGCAGGCAAUGUGGAAUUACCAACUCAAACAGCAGGCAAUGUGGAAUCAACAACUCAAACAGCAGGCAAUGUGGAAUCACCAACUCAAACAACAGGCAAUGUGGAAUCACCAACUCAAACNACAAUGUGGAAUCAUCAACUCAAACAGCAGGCAAUGUGA